AUGCAGGCUGCCGCCCUCUGCUUCGCCGUGCCCCUGCCGGCCAAAGGUAUCAGGACCUUGGCCCCUAGAAGGUUGCUCCCCACUGGCGGCUAUCGUAGAUCCACGCACCUGCCGUCCUUGGCUGUCGCCGCCGCCCCGGAAAACCUCAUCGUCGACUACAGCUCCUCCACCUCGUGAGUCUUCCUCAGAUCCUCUCCUCUCCGGUCUUCUUCCCGCUACUGGUGAUCCGAUGGGGAUCGUUCGUUAAUGCGGUGGACAAUUAGUCGAGAUAGAGGCUUCUUUCUUCUUCUAUAUUCACCGUGGAUCCGCGGCAGAGAAGAGAAGAUGACGAUGACAGGUUUUCCCCUUGGACAGCGUCUUCCCGGCGGAGGCCUGCGAGACGAUCGGAGGAGACGCGUGCGCGGUGGAGAUGUUCCCCGAAGUGAAGCCCCCACAGCAGGCCGCUGCGGCCGCCAGGGCGGGCGCGGAGGAGGUCGACAGGGAGUACCUCGACUACAGCGAGCGCAAAACGUAUGAUCCGGAGAUCUUCUCUCCCAAUUUAUUUCCGCGCGAUCGGAAUCUGCCGAAGAGCGAAAGAGAAACUCUAACCGUGGGGCCUUUCUCCUCUGCAGAGUCUUCCCCGGCGAGGCCUGCGACGACCUUGGGGGGGAGUUCUGCGAUCCGGAGUACCAGCAAGGGGUUUUCAAUGAGACGGCCGCGGCUAAAUAA